UGUCGUCCUGCCUGUCAACAACACUGCAACCUGAGACAGGAUAGCAGCCUCUUGGCUAGCUAAGUCAACCUGCUAAAAAGUUAUUUGGAUCGGGCAACAGGAAGGACGGACUCGAGUUAGAUUACUUCAACACCUUCCUCCUGUGUGAUAUGACAUCGCUGCUUGCUCACUACAAAAGUCAGAGUUCUACAGAAAACGGUUGAUAUCUGAUCAGGUGCUGUUGAGCAGAAUGGCUGCACAAGUGGAGGUACAGAGUGGGGAGGUUGGGAGGACAGGGACAGGAGGAAGACUUCACUUGAGUCCCCUGACUGACUCAAUUAAUACAAGUCCACCAAUGAGUCAGACACAUAUCAUCACUCCAGAACCUAAAAAACCUGUCCCUGGCCCCAAACCACGUCUUACCCCAAAACCGUUCGCCGUGGAAAAGCAACCCACUAUUAAGCCUAUACCUGCCCCAAAGCCUCAUACCAAACCCAGACCGGUAUCCACUCACCUCGCUGGAUACAAACCAGACAUUCCAUGCAGUCCAAAACCACAGCAACCAGUUGCCAUUGUCAAGCCAAGUCCUAUGUCAACCAGCCCAAGUCAUCCUACCUCAACCUCAUUUAAAACAUCCAUUAAGGUGAAUACUGGGCAAACAACCAAGCCUGUUGCCCCCCCAUUUAAAGCAGCCCCUCCUCUUGACACUGUAGACACCAUUAAACCCACUCCUCCUUUACCACCAGAGAGACAGAAACAUAAGAACCAGAAGACACCCAUGCAGAGUGGGGCAUCCAUUGCCAGAGCCAAGUCUUUGGGGUUCCUUAAUCACAUGGAUAAAGAGGAGGAAAUAAGUCAUUCAGAGGCACUUGUCCCUCCGCGACCCAAACCCAGAGGUUCCAAGCCAAGACCUGUAUCGGCUGUUUUCCUUUACAAUCCUGAGACACCACUUCCUACUCCUCGCUUGGCUGAAGGCAGACCGCUUUCAUCUGAUAUGACAUUCAAGUUUGAGACUAUUGGUCUGUCAUUACACCAUAAAAUGACCAAAACCAACAAUCAGGAAAGCCCAAUGAAAGAGGAAGCACUUCCACAAAAGCCACAGCAGCAGACAAACAGUACCUUGGCAUAUAAUAGUGAUGAUGAAGUAAAACCAGUUGCCUCAGAUGAGCAGACCAACAAAAAUGAAGACAAAAUAAGUGUAAAAGAGACCGAAGAGGAUCAGCGAGGGUUUAGUGUCAAGUCAAGAAUUAAUCUUCUGCUUGAAUCCUCCUCUGCUCCUGAGACAGUGUCCGCUGGACGAACACCGGAUAUUCCUUCUCAAGUGCAGAGGGUCCCUGAUUCUGAACCACAAGUGGGUGUUAAACAGCGCAUCAAGCAGCUAACAGAUGAUACGGCAACUCAGAGUCCUGUCUUGAAACCAGCAGUUAAGUUACGCUCCCUGCCCUCUGACCUCACUAAAAAGUUUUCAUCUGAGAAGGCAUCUGACUUUGGCAGUGUUUCCCACAGUGCUGAAACAGAAUAUCAUGACAUCAGCAAAGAACCUCAAAGGAGGAUUGAACCUGCAGCAGUCAACGCCAGUUACAAAAAGGAUUCGGUGGAUAUCCAAGAUCAGAUCAGCUCAAUGACAGAAAGUCCAGCGGCAGGACAGCCAUUUACUUCUACUAUCAAACAAAGCAGUCCCAGUGUUGAAGUGCAGACAGUGCGAGCAUCCAUAUUUGAUAAUAUUGUUGAGCGAUCCAGUGUGUUGAUGGUGGAUAAACGAUUGACCACAGCUCCUGACUCACUCAGUAGCCCAUCUUUGAGGAGAGGAAGCAGUGAAGAUGAAGGUACUCUAGUGACUGCCACCUAUAAAGAUUCUCUUUCUCCAAGUUCCCUGCGAGUGAACCAUGCCAUGGCCACAGUGAAAGCAGUGGGAGAGAGCAGAGCAGUCAGUGAGAGUAUCCUAUCUGGUCAGCGUGAGGACAAGGCCAUGACCUUGCGCUCCAGACGCUCUGAAGGCAAAACUAGUUUAAUCAAAGGAGAGCCCGCUUCAGCAGUGGAAUUAGAGCAGCAGCCUCGAUACUUGCGAAUAAGGUCCUUGCAGAAAUGGGCUAGCCCAGAGGCAGGUGUGGAGAAUGAGACACUAAAGCAAUCACACAAGGAGAAAGAAAUUGAUUUGAGCAAAGACAGACAAAGAGAAGCUGAACAAGAAGAAACAGCUGCAGCUCCUAAACGCUUGAAAACACUGCAGAUUGACGAAAAGUCAAAACCCAAGGCAACCUAUUUUGCUUUGACAGGACAAAUACAGGGAUCUAUGUCUCCUUUAGAGGUAGGCGCCGACAUUAUAAGUUCAGCAACACCUUAUAAUGAUUAUUCAAUAGGUUCUGGACAAGGAAGCUCUCAAGGUAAGGUUUCUGCCAUUAAGAGGAAUCUGUCAUUAAAUGAAACAUUUGGAAAAAAGCAUCUAGACAAAAAUGUGGAUGCAGGGAUGAUAAGUCACAUUUCACUUAGGCAGAUGGCAUCAGCAAUGGAUGUGCAAACAGCUGAGAAAAUCACAGAAGUAAAAAGAGAACAAACAAAGGAAGAUGAAAGGCAGAAUGGCAAGAUAAAGACGUUUGAGAGGGAAAAACAUAGACAAAUAGAAAUUGAGAAACAAGCCAUUUUACAAUUUUCACAAAUGAAGGAAAGGGAGAUACAAAGAGAAUUUGAAAGACAGAAAGCAUUUGAAAGGGAGAAACAAAGUGCCCUGGUACAACAAAAACAGAGACAGCUUAAAAAGCUCCAAGAAUUGGAGUUUGAAAAACAGAGGCAAUUGCAGCUUGAGAAAGAAACCGCAAGACAGCAAGAACAGGAGAGGCAGCAAGAAUUAGAGCGGCAAAGAGAGCUAGAAAAGCAGAAACAGCAAGAAAUGAAAAGGCAGAGAGAGCAAGAACUGGAGAGACAACAUGAACAAGUGAGGCUGAAGGAGCAGGAAAAAGAGCGACAGCGAGAACUUCAGAGGCAGCAAGAACUAAUGAAGCUCAAGCAACUGGAAAACGAGAGGCAAAAAGAACUUGAGAAGCAAAGAGAAAUGGAGAGGCAGCAAGAACAGAUGAGGUUUAUGGAGCAAGAAAAUGAGAGACAGCAAGAAUUUGAUAGGCAGCAAGAGCUGAUGUGGCAGAGGGAGCAGGAGACUGUUAGACAGAGAGAACUUGAGAGACAGCGAGAACUCAUCCGACUGAAGGAGCAAGAGAAACAGCGAGAACUUCAGAGGCAGCAAGAACAACUGAGGCAAAGGGAGCAUGAAAUGGAGAGACAGCGAGAACUGAUGAGGCAAAGAGAGCUGGAAAAGGAGAGAUGGCGAGAACUUGACAGACAGCAAGAACAGAUGAGGCUGAGAGAGCAGGAAAAACAGAGGCAGCAAGAACUGGAACAGGAGAGGAACCGUGAAUGGGAGAGACAGAGACAGAGGGAGGAAGCAAUGCAAAGAGAGCUUGAUAAGGAGACGCGUUUAAUGGAAAUGCAAAGGAAUAAGCAAAGAAUGGAGGACCUGGAGAGAAUUAAAGAGAUAGAGGCAGAAAAGCUCUUAGACUUCGAAAAACAGAAGCAAAAAGAAAAGGAGCGACAGAAGCUUGAAAAGCAACGGCUCAAAGAGAAGAUGGACAGAGAGAAAGAUAAAAUCAAACAAAUGGCUUUAGAACAGGAAAUGCUGAGACUGAAAGAGAUUGAUAAAGAAAGGGAAAAACAAAAACAACAAAUUGAGAGGCAGCAUGAGGAAGACAUUGAGAGGGAAAAGCUUAAAGAGCUGGAAAAACAAAAAGACUUGAAAAGGGAGAAGCUUUGGAGGGAGGCAGAGAGAAUUAAGGAGAUAGAAAGAAUACAAUUAAUGGAGUUUGAAAUGCUAAAUCAAAUAGAGUUGGACAGUUGGCAUACAGACAUUGAAGAACACAAAAUAAGGGAGAAUAUGGAAAAGGCUGAGGCAGAAAAAAUGAGACAGGUUGCUAAACUUCAAGAAGCAGAGAGACACAGACUCAAGGAGAAGCAAAGGAAAGAGGAACAGGAGAAGAUGAGGUUGGAGCAAUCCCCACUAAGACCCAAAGUUUUCGAUUUGGACUCUGUGGUCAGAACUGCCACCUCUCAUCACACUGACCCAUCAUUACGAUGGAAGGAGCCCUCUCCCAUACCUCAAACCUACAAACCUGCCAUUUUUGACGUAGACUCCUUCACAUCUCAGUCCCGGCACCCCUCCAGUCAAGAUCUUCUGCCUGUUGCCAGUAUUCAGGAAGUUAAUUCCAACUUUGAUAGUGUGUUGCGGCCUGCGUCUGAAAGAGAUAUUACCUGGAAGGUACCACCACGGAUGUCAGUUGAUUUCACAAGCCCAGUGUGGACAAUGUCCCCACAAGACCCCUGGGAGCUACAACCUAGUCAGAUAUCUCACCCCACCAAAGUCAGCCCAGAUCAUAUACUUCAUAGGAAGGAGCAACAGUUUCUGGCCUCACAGAACCACUGGCCCCAUAGGCAAGGCCAGCCGCUUUACUUGGACCCUUUUGCCCAAAGAGAGGCAGCAACUGGCGGAGUCUCAAGCAGUGCUCCUGUUGAUCAGGUCUGGUUGCCCAGAGAACUAAAAUCCCAAGACAACAGGGAAAAGGUCUGGAACCACAGGAGAUCACAAGGAUCCCAGGAGCUGAAUAGGAUGCGUUCACGCAGUAUGUCACGCCGAUCAGCCCCUUCUAGUGGUGCGCUAGAGGGUAGUAUCUACAGGAUAAGGAGUCGUAGUGCUCACAGAGAACAGGACCAUCCCAGCUGGGUGCAACAGAAGCAAAGUGUCAGUGGUGAGGAGGAGGAGGGGAAGGACUCUGAAACUCCAGUGGGUGAGACUGACAGUCAGUAUGGGACCUGGGAGACAGGACUACGUACUGAUGACAGCCUGACCCCUGCCACUCCCAACUCAGAAAGCAACCUCAGCCCUUCGCCAAGGAAUGCAACUCAUUCUUCGCUCCUGCAAGGUCAACACGCCUCGCAGUUGGAUGCAGACAUCUUUGACAGCCUGCAUCCUUCCUCUUCUUCUGAGAGCCAGCCAUUCUCUUUCCCUGAUGCCCCAACCACCCUGUUAGACAACAGUGCCCUCCGCUCCAGAGUCCAGCUGGGGAAAAAACGUGCUCCCAGGACACGGCCUUCCAGAGCUGCUCGCCAGUGCACUACCGACGCUGGGAGAGAGGGGGCAACAUCUGAUAACUGGAUCUACCAAGACUCCACAGAGAAGAAGGUUGAGAGUAAGAUGGACGAAGUAGACUCGAAGGAGCAGGCCAGAGCAGCAGAAGCUGGUGCUGCUGUUGCUUCUCAGCCGCAGAGGAUCGCCUUGUUCCCUGGGGUGGACCCCCUUGCUUUAAAGGUCCAGUUAAAGAAGAGGAGUGACUCUGACAGUCAAACAGAUGCACCUUCUCCUUCCCUGCCCUCCCGCUCCCCCAAAUCACCCUUCCUGCCUCGGGCUGCUCGUGUACUGCCCCCAGCUGGUGGGAAAGAAAAUGGUGAGGAGGAAUCACCCAAGUGGUUGAAAGAACUCAAGUCUAAGAAGCGCUUGAGUCACUACGAGAAUGAGAACUAAUUAAGCUGAGGUUGCCUUCUGAGAUGGAUCCAUAAGAAACAGAGGCCUUAAUGUUCGACUCAGAGAGUAGGAGGGUGGAAUCUGCUGCUGAUGUAUAGAUUUUUUUUUCCCUAUUCCUUUUGGUUCUCUUACUGUCUGGGUUGAUCAUCAUGCAUGGUGCCUAUUUAAAGAGGAUCUAUAAUGCAACAUCAGCAAAAAAAAGACAAACACAUCCAGCUGCUCUGCUUAUAGGGGAGUGACCUCUCAAGAACACUUUGAUUGGGACCAGAAGAAGUGGGGGCAGGGGAUAAGAGGAUUACUUUCCUGUCAGGAAAUAGUUAACUUGAGGGACCACCGCACAAUUCACUGAAUGCUGGAGAGCCAGCCAGUACAAUACAAAAUGUUUAUACUGAGUUUCCUUACUAGACUAAUAUGUACAUGUCAGCAGUGGUAUGUGUGUUGUCUUUAUGUUAUCAAUCAUUGAUGGGAGUCACACAAGCAUUGCCAUAUUACAACAUUUCAGACACUAAUGGUUCCUUGUUGAACUUGGAAAGCUGCUGACCACAUUAUUAGUUGGGAUGUAUAUCAUGUAAGUAACCAUGAGAUGUUAUAUUUUGUAUGCUUUCACAAUGAUAAAGAGAGAGUUUUGGGGAGAAGAUAUGUUGUUUCAUUUCUCAAUGUUUGGGGUCACAACUUUUUUUGUUGUUGUUCAGGUAUGUAUUUUUCUUUAUGGGAGAUGGAUGGAUGGGGACUUUUGGCCAAGUGACUUUGAAACAUGAACACUCCUUAAUAGCACAAAUACAGGAUCACUGAUCAUGUCAUCUCCCUCUUUUCGCAUCCAUAAAAGCCAUGCAGCACCGUACUAGUAUCACACACUCCUCCAUCGUGCUAUGGCAAUGUGUCACCCUAUCCUCAUGUGCAACAUGUGCAUGCACAAUCUUUGCUGGCCAGAGUCAAGGGGAUGAUUUUGACUGGCACGACUUUAGCGCCUCCAUUGUUAAAUGACUCCAUAAUACAUGUGUAUCUUCAUCAUCAUGUUUGCCAUUGACCCAUUCCCUCUGAGGUUCUCUAAAGCACUUUGUCUCUUGAUGCACGACAGCACUGACCCCUCUUUUUGGUUUCAUGUAUGUGGGUGAGAAUUAGAAUGUUCAUACAAAGCAAAUGAAUGUGUGGAUUAUCCCUGUUUUUUUUUUUUAUUGUACACGAUGUGUAAAAUAAAUUUGAGGGUUUCAUUUUUUUAUGUCUUUUGUUCCUUUUUUAUUUCACUGUGUUGUUCUGGCCAGUGUCCUAAAGUGAAUCAAUUCUUAAUAAAAAUCUAUUUGACUUGC